AUGGAUCUUGGUCGACUGGAUUUUGCAUCUGGGAGGGGCCACGGUACGAACACUUCACUUCGAGUGAACGUAAUCUUCCCUGCUCGGGCAUGA